GGAAGCUACAGGUGCGGCUCGGGGACGCGCAGCGCGCGCCCGGACGAGGAAGCAAACAGAAGAAAACAUUAGAACAAAGUGCGUUUCCAGAGAUUCAGCGUGUGUUUCUGAGACGAGCUGGACAUGGAGGACAGGAACAUCCAGGAGGACUUCCAGGACCAGUUCAAUGACGUGGUGUCCAGGUUCCAGUCCAAGGAGUUCUUCCAGUCGGACUGGGACAUCGCUUCCUUCGCCGUCUUCUUCAUCUUCAUCGGGAUGGUUCUGCUGCUCUUCAUCCUGGUCCUCGUCCGCUGCUGCUGCUGCUGCUGCUGUGACGAUGACGAGAAGCCGCGCAGACGGAAGGUCGGCAUCGACAACAUGGCUCUGGAGCCCUGACGGCGGAUCUGCGGACCAAACCUGACCGACGGAGAUGCAAACACAAAUUCUGUGCCAACACACCAUCCUUGAUUAGAUUUUCCACCUGUAAUCCAGUGAUUCCACUCCCAGAUCAAUCACAGCUCUGAGCUGCAGCUCUGCCCCGUGAAGCUCCUGCUGCCUUGUUUUUGUGCUUUUCUAGAUUUACAGGACUGUCUCAGAAAAUUUGAAUAUCGUGAUAAAGUUCUUUAUUUUCUGUAAUGCAAUUAAAAAAAAUAAAAUAAAUGUC